AGGAAUGAAUAAUUAAUUGCAGAAUCCUUUCAAAAAAAAAAAAAAAAAACAAUUGCAGAACCAAAACAUUGAAUACACCUAGCAAAUUUGCACUGGUUCCAUCUUCAUCGCAAUCACAGAGAGAGAGAGAGAUCAUCUUCAACAACGAAUCUGUGAAAUCAAAUGGUCGUUUUCUCUGUGAAACCCUUUUUCAGCAUUCUCGUCGUCUCGCUCUCUCUCCUCUUCCUUCUCGCAUUUCUAUCGCCUCCUUCCCCUUUCUCCCUGAAUCAGAUUUCUCGGGAACCCUCACUAGGAGAGGUGGAUAUAUGGAGUGUUCGGAGACUCAUGGAAUGGAGACCUUGCAAUUGGUGGCUACAAGGGCCUCAAACAGCUCUUCCAUUAGAGACCAAUGGAUAUAUCAGAGUGGAUUGCUACGGGGGACUCAACCAGAUGCGAAGAGAUUUUUGUGAUGGUGUGGGCAUUGCUCGUCUGUUAAAUGCAACUCUUGUCCUGCCGAAGUUUGAAGUAGCUUCAUAUUGGAAUGAAACAAGUGGUUUUGCGGAUGUAUAUGAUGUAGACUACUUCAUUCAGCAGAUGAAUGGCUUUGUCAAAGUCAUAAAAGAGUUGCCCCCUGAGAUUGCAUCAAAAGAACCCGUUCAAGUGGACUGUAGCAAACGGAAAGGUCAAUUUGAUUAUGUAGAAAGCGUUCUUCCAUCUCUGUUGAAACACAAAUACAUUUCCAUCACACCAGCAAUGUCCCAAAGAAGGGACAGAUACCCUUUGUAUGCAAAAGCUUCUCUCUGUCAAGCUUGUUACAAGGCAUUACGUCUCACCAGAGUGUUGGAAAUGAAAGCCUCUAAGCUUCUAGAUGCAAUACCUAAACCCUUUUUGUCGCUUCAUCUUCGUUUUGAGCCUGACAUGGUUGCAUACAGCCAGUGCCAAUACCCAGGCCUUUCGCCUGCUUCCAUCAAAGCCAUAGAAGCAGCACAAGUGGACAGAAAACCAUGGACUGGUGACUUAGCCCGCAUAUGGAGACAGCGGGGGAAAUGUCCCCUUACACCUAAUGAGACAGCUUUAAUACUUCAAGCUCUUUCCAUCUCACCAACCACAAAUAUAUACUUGGCUGCUGGAGAUGGUUUGAUGGAAAUUGAAGGGUUAACAGAUACUUACACGAAAAUAUAUACCAAGUCUAGUCUUCUCAGUGGGGAAGACUUCACUAGCAUGCAUGGCAAUACAAAAGCUGCUUUGGAUUAUUAUAUAUCUAUUAAUAGUGAUUCCUACAUAGCUACAUAUUUUGGAAACAUGGACAAGAUGGUUGCAGCAAUGAGAGCUUUCAAAGGGUUGUACAAAACUAUGUUUUUGAGUAGAAAAGGCUUUGCAGAAUUAACUUCACGGGGUCUCAGGGGGAAGGAAUUGAUGCAAGCCCUAUGGAAGGUUCACAGAGAUGAGUUUGUCAUGGGAAGAGGCUCUGCUCUGCCCGAGUGUUUUUGCGAAUUCAAGUUGUGAUUUUGAAUCUAAGAUUCACCACUUUUUACUGCUUCUUAUUGAUUUAAUUUUUAUGGCAUGUAAAGUGCUAGUGUAUCACUUAUCUAGAAGGCUUUCCUUAGCUACUGUCAGCUUGUUUAUUCUUUUGUAUUGAUGUAACGGUUUGUUUAUUUGAUCCUAUAUCUAAUGAAUGUUGGCAUACAUUUAGUGUAUGGACAAGAAUGGUCUUACAAAUAGAAAUACCCCUUGUUAUUAACCAAGUUUUGACCGACAUAAAAGAAUUUACUUAGUUUUUUAUA